GCGACUGUUGAUGACGGGUCGCAAGUUGGAGAUUGGUAUUGUUUAUUUGGAACAAACAUCGUAAAUUAGUAAACAUGACGGGAAUUUUACCGAGCUAUCAAAGGUUUGUCAAUGGCGUUCCCGUACCAUCAAUAUCACGUCGCUCCUUUCGGCUUCGCGAGAAAUACCUAAUUAUUUCAGUACUGUUGACAUUCGGAAUCGUAUGGUUAGGUGCUCUCUUCUAUUUGCCAGAGUUUAAAAGUUCUACUAGCGUAAAUGAUAGUGUUUAUAAUGUGUACAAACGUAUUCAAAAGGCGGGCCCAGAAUUACUUAUGCCACCGCCUCUAGCCCAAAAUGAGGUAGGGGACUUUCCUGUGGUGGGUAUUGUUCGCCAUGGAGAGGAUGGAGAUGAUCCUCAUAUUGUUCAAGAUAGAAAUCGUUUGCGAGCUAAGAUAGAUGAAGAUAUGGGAAUGAAAGUCUUGGAAAGGCCGCAGUUUGACUCGGCACCGUCUAUCUCAUCAUCUCGAGGUCCUAGCAAGCCUCCUGUAGAUGCUAUUGAAGAACCAAAUGUCGCAAAUAACGCAGCUAAAGAUGUGUCCCCUGCAGGCGAAAAAUCUGUUCUUGGAAGCAAUAAAUAUGUUUUACCCAUGAUGGACUCGAAUACAGAUCCUGGAAUUAGACACAAAAGAGAAACUGUUAAAGAGAUGAUGCGUCACGCGUGGAACAAUUACAAGCUGUACGCGUGGGGCAAGAAUGAGCUGAAGCCAAUAUCGAAGCGUGCGCAUCUUACCAGUGUCUUCGGUGGUGGGGACAUGGGAGCUACCAUUGUUGACGGCCUGGAUACCCUGUACAUCAUGGGGCUGAUGGAUGAAUUCCGCGAGGGACGGGAUUGGGUGGCUGAGCAUUUCCAUGUUAAUGAGAUUGAUUCAGACCUAUCAGUGUUCGAGACAACGAUUCGUUUCGUGGGCGGUUUCUUAUCCUGUUACGCACUCACCGGUGAUUCCAUAUUCCGGGAUAAGGCUGCAGAGGUCGCUGAUGCGUUGCUGCCCGCCUUUGAUACACCCACUGGAUUGCCCUAUGCGCUAAUAAACCCUAGUAACAAGGCGAGUCGGCAAUACCAUUGGGCAGGAUCGAACAGCAUUUUAUCCGAAGUUGGUACCCUGCACCUCGAGUUCACCUACCUUAGCGAUGUGACAGGAAAAGAAGUUUACAGGGAGAAGGUGAAGCGAAUCCGCGAUGUCCUACACAACAUCCAGAAGCCAGAUGGACUCUACCCAAAUUACAUCAACCCGCGCAGCGGCACCUGGGGACAAAGGCAUAUGUCCCUCGGAGCCCUGGGCGAUUCCUUCUACGAGUACCUGCUGAAGGCGUGGCUCGUCACCAACAACGAAGAUGAAGAAGCCAGGAUAAUGUUCGACGAGGCAAUGCAACCGGCGCUUGAUAAAAUGCUGAGAACGUCUCCAUCUGGUCUCGCGUACUUGGCUGAGCUGAAGUAUGGCAGGAUAUUUGAGGAAAAGAUGGAUCACUUGUCGUGUUUUGCUGGUGGAAUGUUCGCGAUGGCGUCCACAAGUUUGGAGAAUUCCUUAUCUGAGCGAUACAUGGACGUCGCUCGUAAGCUGACUGAAACCUGUCAUGAGAGUUACGACCGAUCUGACACUAAACUUGGACCCGAGGCUUUUAGAUUUUCCGGGGCAGUUGAAGCCCGUGCAAUGAAGAGUAACGAGAAGAUGUUCCUUUUAAGACCAGAGACCUUUGAGAGCUACUUCAUCAUGUGGAGACUUACCAAGGAACAGAAGUACCGCGAUUGGGCCUGGGAGGCUGUACAGGCGUUAGAAAAGCACUGCCGCGUGGAAGGUGGUUAUACGGGCCUCGUCAAUGUGUAUCACUCUACACCCGUCGGAGAUGAUGUUCAGCAGAGCUUCUUCCUGGCUGAAACUCUUAAGUACUUAUACCUAAUAUUCUCGGACGACUCUCUGGUGUCCAUGGAUGAAUGGGUGUUCAACACUGAAGCGCACCCGUUGCCGAUCAAAGACAAAAACCCGCUCUACAGACAAUCGUACAAAACCAUAGACAACAAUGUAUAAAUUUAAUCCUAUGUUUUUAAAUAUCCAAAAUUAUUUCAGCUCU